GGACUUUGUCAUAGCCAGCACACCCACGAACUUCCGUUCAAUCGCACGUUAUCGCUCUGUUCUAGUCAACAAUGACAUAGGCUCGAAUACAACAAGCAAUAAUGAGCUUCCCAGAGGAAGAUGAAUGGCCUGGGAUGGAGCAGGGUUUCGUGUUGGACGAUGCGUUCAAGUGCACAAGUCCUUUUGGCGCCGACACUACGUUACAGGUGCCAUUGCGAGAACCCUCGCCCAUCGCAGUUUCCCCACAAGACCUCAUGGACUUUUCAUUUCCCAACGACAACUCGCUUUCGGUUCCAAUUCGAGAAUACGGGUUCCAAGGCGGCAGUGAACCGCCUAGGUUGUCUCCAGUAUCGUCUUCAUAUCAGUCGAUGGCUCCUUUGCAGAACGUGUCCUACGAAAUGUCAACUACGAGUGUGGAGGAGUCCUAUAAUUCAUUUGAGCAGCCUUCUAUGGUUGUGAAUGGUCAUUAUCAGUCCAUUGAACAGCAGAUAAUACAGCCGCAACAAGGAUAUUAUCAGACCGUUGAUGCCACACCUCCGCAAGUGCUGUCCAAUGUGUCCACUCCACAUGCUCAACAUGCAUCGACUGCCAGCGGAAGUAAUAAUACUUCCGGAUCAGUGGUACAGCAGAUACUCAACGCUCCUUCUGCUAGACAAACGCCGACGCCACAAAAUCAACAACACCAGCAACAUUCGAACUCACAUCCUCGUCAGCGACCGAUUCAGCCGAAAACGCAUAAUAAUGGGAGAAAGCGUGCGUCUGUCAACUCUCAUUCUGGCGUUUCGAAUAAGUCUAAUAAGAUGGACUCAUCAAACAACAAUUCUAAUCAAACUGAAGUGCGAUUCAGUAUGAGUGCAUUGACGCGGAUUACCGAAAUUGGAGCGGAAAUGGCUCAACUCCAAGAACAACAGGACAAGUUGGGUAUCAAUAAUUCACAACGGCUUAGCGAACUGCAGGCGCAGAGAGCUAGCAUUUUACUGGAAGCUUUGAGCUCACAGAACGUUGGCGAAACGGUUUUGAGUCAAGUAAAGCAAGUAGCCGCAGCUGCUGCUCCGCCCUCUAAACCAAGGCCAACAGCUCGAUCUCGAGGUAGCCACGGUCAUUCCUCACGUCAGCAGCACUUUGAAAAUACCCCAGAAUCUCCACAAUAUCAGCCACAGAUGUACCUUGCCAGCCAUAACCAAUAUCCAAGCACAAGUACUGCUCAGUUCCAAGAGUUCUCAACUGGAAAUAAUAACCAAGCUCAAGUUGUGCAUCAGCAAGAGGCCGGAACUGUACUUCGUCAACCUCAGCAGCGAGUUUAUAGGACCCAAAAUGCUUCGACCGCCGUUUUCCAAACUCAACAACUUCCACCGGGCACCGUAUACGUUCAGAAUGUUCCACAGGCUUCACAAGCUCAGUACGCGACGAAUCAACCUACUGUGGGUGAAGUCGUUCGACAGCAGCAUCAGUUGCGACACGUAUCCGGAGCGCAGCAAGUUAUUGUGCAGCAGGUGGCUGCUCCACAAAUGGUAGUCAACGCAGGAAGUCAAUCGGCUGCCGGGGCGCAAGUUCGAACACAAAUCGUGCAGAACUCUCCAUUACCUGCUCAAAUCGUUUUGACUCCCGCUCCUGUACAGCAGGCACCGCAAAUGGUGGUCGUUGCGCAAAGACCAACACCUGCACAGACGGCUAAGCGAAUUGAAGAGAAAAGAGCUGCCAGGCUGAGUCGGUUGCGGACCUACUUUGAUGAUCUUCACGGCACUUUGGCCAAUCCGGAUACGGAAACGCCAUUCACUGACCUCCGUGACGUUUUGCAACGGUUGCUGCCCUAUCAUGCUUAUGGAGAACCGAAUAUUAAUGAUGAACAUCUAGAGCAGUUUGAUUCUAAUUACUUACGAGCACAAAUUAACUCCAAUGAACAACGAAAUCGCCUCGAGAAACGCUUACGAAAUGUGUUUUACAAAGAAGCUCUGCGUACUUCUGAGAAAGAAGAGGAAAAUUUGUUGCUAUAUUUGGAUGGCGAGUAUGAAAAACGUAAACUGGAAGAAGAGAAGGAGUACGUGAAGCAAGGGGGUCUAGAAGCCUUUGUUCGGGAUAGUGCUAUCGUGGCCGCUUUGAGAGAUACAGAUAGGGACAAGAUAGAGAAGCCAAAACCACCUCCUUCGUCGCUAAAACCGUCAUGCUCGAAGUCAGUGAUGCAGCAGUACGAGUACCAUCCGUUCGACGAAGUUCAGUUGCCCGUAUCACCUUAUAAGUCACCAUCUCCCUUCAAAUCUCCUGCUAGUAGUUUACGGUCCUCAUCUCCAUGCAAAUCACCCACCAGCAUCACAUACUCACCCAGAGUCAGAGGGCGCAAGACAUCUAUAUCAUCAACUCAGCAUUCUUCUCCGGCCUUUGUACAGGAACCAGCAAGAACACGAAACACACCGAAAUCGCGAACAACAUCGGAAACCGCACCUACACCACCCGAGAGAUCGGAGAGUAUCAAGUCUGAGCCCGUUCGCCCGCUUCCUCCUCCGCUGCCAGCGGUGGCGCGCAAAGCCCCUCCGUCGAGUCCUUUGGUGACAGCAGCAUCGAAGAAAACUCAGCCUUCACCUAGGUCAGCAUCGACAACACCGCGAAGAUCCAUUCCGUCCAAAAGUGCUCCGGAAGUGAAGCCCUCUGUAGAAAAUGUGUCUGUGAAGGAGGAACCUGCUCAAGUCUCGGUCCCAUCUAAAACGUCGUUAAGUAGUCCUCAAAGGUCGGAAGUCUUGCAAAACACCACUACCCCUGGAAGAUUGCCAGCUAAGAAGGAGUUACUGAGCAGAGCUAGGCAAGGCGUGCCGGUGGAAAUGCGAUCACCACCAGCGCAUACAAGUAUCGCUGCCUCAUCGCUGCUUGCUCGUUAUUCUGUGGAUGACUACGAAUCUGAUGGCUCGGCGUCACCGGAACUUGGCGUUGAUGAUGUGAUGCCUCAAGCACCACCUCCUACCAACAUCCUGCAACCGAAAGUUCCAACAUCGGUUUCCGUUCCUUCUUCGGCCGCGCCUUCCAUCACUUCUGCCGCUUCCACGACAUCGCAAGCAUCUGGAGCUUCGGCGCCUGCGCCAAAACGUGUAGCUAUUCCACCUCCGCCGCAGAAGUCAACUCCGCAGCGGUCUUCCCUGCCAGUACCACCGCCUUUACCUCAGAAGAAAGAGAAGGUGCUCGAUGCUCCUGAACGAACUGCAUCGCCAAUAGUCAAGCAGGAAAACGUGAAGCCAGCUGUGAAAACUGAGGAAGAAAAACCGGCAGAACGUUUUAGGUUCAAACCGCAGGUACCCAGACCCACUCCUGUGUCCCCUCUCAAACCAGCUGUUACAAAGCGUGAAACUUCUUCGGAAUCCGGGCUAGCCGAAAAGUCUGAGAACAGUAGAGAAAUUAAAAAUUGUGUUGAAGAGAAUGAUAAGACUGCGGUGGUGAAUAGCGUUAAACCUCCACCUAUUCGUUUGAAACUGAAGUUUGAUGGAGCAAAGGCGUAUAUCGAGAAUAACGAGAAUAGUGAUAAGGAUGGUGAAAGAAAACAAAGAAAGCACAAGAAAAAGAAAAAAGAACGAGACAAGUUGCAUAAAGAUGUCCACGACCGGAUUAAGGUGAAACACCAUACAAAGGGCAGUAAAAAACAUAAAACAAAGAAUAAACUUAUUUCUUCUCCUCAGGAGCUUGUUGCUGUAACAAAAAAUGGAAAGCGCUUGAAAGUGAAGUUUGGGCUAGGUGGAAGCGACUCACGCUGUACAACUCCGGGUAAACAUCCGCCAUCAACAGAGGAGUCAGAUGUGCAUCUUACCAAAGAGCUUCCUGAACAACAACCGUCGUCAUCGAAAGCUGCAGUGCAUGCACCGGAGCCACUAAAAAUUCCAAGACUGCGGAUACGGAUAGGAGAUUCUCCUGCUUUGGUUAUCGCGCCGUCUAAAGAAGAGCCACCUCAAGCUGCGCACAAAUCUCAUCAUCAUCACCAUCACCAUCGUCACUCGCGGCCAACUUCGGCGGAUGGACUGGUGAAACCACCAAAAGCUGUCACAGCACCGGUCAACGCAAACCCUCUUUCUGUCGAAUUUUCUGAUGACUCUGAUACGGAAGCGGAACGCAUACGAUCGGCCACGGAUGAGGCUCUCCGCGGACUGGCCAACAUGACCGACAUGCACCAACCAAACAACUCACUGCUACCUUGGUCAACUCACCCAGCGCCGUGAUUACACUCAGCCUACAAGUGUGUGACUGGUAAAGUGCGCUCAAUGAUCUCCUGAUGUGCCCAUGCAAAUAUUCGGUUAUGCUGCUACACUGUAGACAAUUUCGAGAAGUUGCGCUACACCCUAUCGUACAUUCUCGUCUUAUCCGGUGCCUGAUGUUGUGAUAUCCUGUAACUUAAUACUCCGUCAUAUUAGUACUCUUUGCGGCGCAUCUGAGUCCUGCACAUCUGUUUCUUAUUGGUUAUAUCUAGAUUCUCGUGAACUCAUGGUGCUGUAGCUCAUUGUAGUCUCAUCUAGUGUUAAAGGUCGUAAGAGACUAAAAACUCUCAAUGUUGCCUUUUCUCAUCUCAUUUUCUUGUGCCCCAAAGCCUGUCGUAUACUUGGCCUCGAAUUUCUCUGUGUGCAGCCUCUUGAAGAAGAAACCAAGAACUUAGUAGUUAUAAAGCCUGUUCUGCGGCGGUGACUAACUACAUAGGUUUUUCGGGUAUAGAUGAUUUUGUUUGCAUUACAACUGUUAGGAUAAUUCUGCUAGGCUAUUUAUUAAUCUAAUAAAGUAAUAUAGUAGAUAAAUAAACUCGCGUGUGUUUAGUGCGAGCUGUCUCAGGUGCAGUGUCGGGUUCCACUAGCGCGGGUUCAGUGCGGACGUCUCGCUUGGACGCUGCCCGCGUUCAUCUGAUCAAUUUCCUACGCCUGCGUGUAAGGGCUCAGAAUUGCACUUCAGUCGUUAGUAAGGCUGGAGGAAUGUUCAGAGAACAUAUUUGCGAACGCGGCUUAAGCUUAAGCGAGACAGUCGCGCGGGACCCGCGCCGCUGGUGCGCUCGACACUGCAAUUGAGAUAGCCUAUAACUACAUAAUUGAAGUCAUAGAACUUAGAGAAAUUGCUUUUGACAGUCAGAAACCGAAAUGUAAUAGUCACCGCUGGGAAAUCUGCGCUCAUUCACUUACUUGUGGUAACACAUUGAUUCGCGCCUCUGUCCACAUAAUCUCGUCCCUUCCUCCCACAUUACCGCUUUUGUUUGUGUUCGUUUGGAAUUUCAUGUGUUCUCUCCCUCCAGCUUCGAAACUGCUACUCAUCACUCUACUCUGAUUUCAUCAACUCACUACCCUUCACGUGGCCAGAUAAGAAUCUGAAAUUAUUGCUUCUAUUCUAAUUCGUGUGCGUUUUCUUACAUUGUUUAACGUCAGUGCUGUCACAGAUCUCAAAGCCUAUCAUCGGCACCUAUUGCAUAGUAUCCGAAGAGUCCUUUAUGCACAGAUUAUAUUUGCUCUAGUGUUUAAUUCGUUUGUAUAUUUAAAAAAUGCAUUAAAUGGUUAAUAGUUUGCUUUCUCUCGUUCAGCUCGUUUCGUCAGAAUUGCUCCUCGUAAGCGCACAGCACUCAGUCAUUCAAAAAACUUUCAUUCCUCUUUGUUAGUUGCGCAGCUGUAUAUCCCAUUGACACAUGACGCGUUAUUCACACACAAACCUGCUCUCAACUUAUCAAUUCUCGUGUAACUAUUGCAUUUUGUUGCUGUUCCGGUUAAUAUCAUCCUUUUGCAUCUUUUGUCCACGUACAGCGCUGUUGAAAGUUUAUAGCCAUUGAAAUUCUAUGAUAUUCACGAAGCCUGUAUGCGAACGAUAGUGGUGAUAUGCAGUGGAUGCUAGCUCUAUUCUCAAAUUUCAUUCAAGGCUCCACCGGAUCAAAUCGUUUCCUCUUGAUCUGUAUAAAUGGCCAUUGUGAUCUUUUGUUUGUUUAAGAUGAUUUUUUUGUUUGUAAAAUAGAAUUGAAGUGAUAUGUGAUGCACACUAGCUGAUUAACUGCGACAAAUUAUGUAUUAUAAAUGUGAUAUAAAUUUUCAUGAACUUC